AUGGAGGCCUUCUGGCGGCAAGUGGACCAUUCAAUGGUAGCUCGUGGACUUAUUCGGGGUAAUCUACGUUGUCGUGAAUUUACGUCCUAUUCGUCUGAUCUCUCCAACCAACUUUGCUCCAUUUGAGACCACUGAGACUCUUUUCCAUCUCUAUACUAAAUUACUUUAAUAAAAUAUCUUUUAUUUGCACUGGGUAUUAUUAACGUCACUUUCGUUUUGCUUAUUAUAUAUCGUUCACGUCAACUACGCCUAUUCUUCUCUUUUUUAGCGUCGAACCAAAAAAGUAAUCCGUACACUGUGAAUCCCAGUUACACCUUCUGGGCACCGUGGAUUAGAUGUCAGUCAAGGAGAGGGCCAGUGGUGUUCAAUUCGGAGCAUCGAAAGUGUACUCGAAUUUCAUCUGAUACCACUGAGGAAGAGGACGGAGAAGUUGAAAAGGGUAUAUCUGAGGAGGAACUGAUUGAAAUGAUGCACUUUGCGCAGGUAAUGACAUCUGUUGUUUUCAUGAAAGUAACAUCCAAGUGA